CAACAACACAACACAACACAACAAAACAAUGGCGAUGGAAGUUGAGAUGAGACCCAAGACUAAGAUUGUCUGUACGUUAGGUCCUGCAUCAAGGUCCGUUCCCAUGAUCGAAAAGCUUCUCAGGGCCGGUAUGAACGUCGCUCGCUUCAACUUCUCACACGGUUCUCAUGAGUAUCACCAAGAAACCUUAGGUAAUCUUAGGACAGCCAUGGAGAACACUGGGAUUCUCUGUGCGGUUAUGUUGGACACUAAGGGGCCAGAAAUUCGUACUGGGUUUUUGAAGGAUGGCAAACCCAUCCAACUAAAGAAGGGCCAAGAGAUCACUAUCUCCACCGACUAUAGCAUCAAGGGUGAUGAAAACAUGAUCAGCAUGAGUUACAAAAAAAUGGCUGAGGAUUUGAACCCGGGAAGUGUGAUACUCUGUGCUGAUGGCACAAUCACACUCACUGUUCUGUCUUGCAACAAGAAUGUGGGUUUAGUUCAAUGCCGCUGUGAGAAUUCUGCCCUCCUUGGUGAGAGGAAAAAUGUAAAUCUUCCAGGGAUUAUUGUAGAUCUCCCAACACUAACAGAGAAAGAUAAGGAAGACAUACUACAAUGGGGGAUUCCAAAUAAGAUUGACAUGAUUGCUUUAUCCUUUGUUCGCAAGGGUUCAGACCUUGUGGAGGUCCGAAAACUACUGGGCAAGCAUGCAAAGUCCAUCCUUCUCAUGUCAAAGGUUGAAAAUCAAGAGGGGGUAGCCAAUUUUGAUGAUAUACUGACCAACUCAGAUGCUUUUAUGGUGGCACGAGGUGAUCUAGGAAUGGAAAUUCCUAUUGAGAAGAUAUUCUUAGCCCAGAAAGCGAUGAUAUACAAGUGCAACAUGCAAGGGAAACCUGUAGUUACAGCAACUCAAAUGUUGGAGUCCAUGAUCAAGUGUCCACGGCCUACAAGAGCUGAGGCCACCGAUGUUGCUAAUGCAGUGCUUGAUGGCACAGAUUGUGUGAUGCUCAGUGGGGAAACAGCUGCUGGGGCUUAUCCUGAACUGGCUGUGCGAACAAUGGCCAAGAUUUGCAUAGAAGCUGAAUCCUCCCUUGAUUAUGGAGCAGUGUUUAAACAGGCUAUGGAAGCUGCGCCUGUGCCCAUGAGCCCAUUGGAGAGUUUGGCAUCUUCAGCAGUGCGGACUGCCAACUCCAUAAAAGCAGCUCUGAUUUUGGUUCUAACCAGAGGGGGAAGCACUGCAAAGCUUGUGGCCAAGUACAGGCCUGUAAUGCCAAUCUUAUCUGUGGUGGUUCCUGAGAUAAAGACAGAUUUUUUUGAUUGGUUGAUCAGUGAUGAAGCUCCGGCAAGGCAUAGCCUUAUUUUCCGGGGGUUGGUACCUGUUUUGACUGCAGGGUCUGCAAGGGCAUCUCACACGGAAUCAACCGAGGAAGCACUAAAGUUUGCCCUUCAACAUGCAAAGGCAAAGGGACUGUGCAAGAUUGGUGAUGCAGUUAUUGCAUUGCACCGAAUAGAGUCUGCUUCUGUAAUCAAGAUUGUGACCGUGAAAUGAUUUUGACUGCAGCCUCUCUUUGGGACUCAAUUCAUGAGAGUUGUGUAUGCUGGUCUUUAUAUUGAGUUGUAUGAUUGUUUAGCAUAGGUUUGGUUAGAAUCAUGAUUUUGAGCUUUUUAUUAUUUAUGGUGUUUGUGAGAAGUCAAACAACAGAGACUUUGAUUCAUUAUAGUACCAGCACAAUUUUUGUGAAAAUGAAACAUUUUUGUUCUUA